AUGUCAAUGAAGGAGUGGGAUAACUUAAUAGACAAGGAAUUGUUAAUUAGUUUAGUAGAAGAGAGACCAGUUCUUUGGGACAAGACGCUGGAUAAAUACAAAGACAAGACUGCUAGUACUGCUGGUUGGCGUGAAAUAUGCGUAAUUUUAAACCAAAAUUUUGAAGUUAUGGAACAAAAACAAAGACAAGAGUUCGGAAAAUUUGUUACAAAAAAGUGGAGACAGAUUAGAGAUGCUUGGGUGAGAACGUUAAAAGAUAAAAAGAAUUGCAAGUCAUCUGGUUCUGCUGCCUCAAAGACAAAGCUGUACAAAUAUCAUCAUCAGAUGUUAUUUUUAAAAAAUAUUAUUGAGCCUGGUGAAACGCACGAAAGUGCCUCUGCUGAAAAAACUGACACGCACGAAAGUGCCUCUGCUGAAAAAACUGACACGCACGAAAGUGCCUCUGCUGAAAAAACUGACACCACUGCAGUAAACGAAAAUCAUAAAACAAACGAAGAUGACAGUGACGAGAUAGAACAUCUUCGCAAUGACAACCAAACAAAAUCUUCCCCGACAAAACGAAGAGCACCAAAAAAAAAAUUUAAUGAAUUAGAUGCUAAAAUGAUGACCUACAUAGACCACCAGAUAAAACCCAAGAAACUUGAACCGGAUGAUCGUAAUCUCUCAUUCUUCAAAGGCGUUUUGCCAUCCUUGAUUGUGCUAAAUGAUGAUGAAAUUCUAGAAUUUCAGUCUGGAGUUAUUAAACUAUUGCAAGAUAUUAAAAGAAGGAAAGUUAACCAGCCCAACUCCAACUGUUUAGCUCCAUAUACGCAAGCAUCUGGUGCUGGUAAUCACCAAACACAAGGGUAUUUUACCCAAGCAUCUGGUGCUAGCAAUCACCAAACACAAGGGUAUUUUACCCAAGCAUCUGGUGCUAGCAAUCACCAAACACAAGGGUAUUUUACCCAAGCAUCUGGUGCUAAUAGUAACCAAAUAACAAUUUUACAAGACCAGAUUGUAAUGUAUAGUGAUAAUACACCAUCGCCAUCAGUACAAUCUCCGUACAGUGAUGAGAAUACGCUAGAUAUGUCUGUGUUUUAAUAUUGUAAACGUUUUUAUAAAAAUAAAAAGUACUUACCUUAA